GGUGAGCAAGAGCGAGGGAGAAAGAGAGACGCAGCCUGCCCUUCGCCUUAGAGCACAGACAGAUCGAGUCCCCGCAGCAUUGAACGUCACCUUUAUCUUACAGCUAAAUUCAAGAAGACUUGGAAUAAAUGGUAAUAUGCGAUAUUAUUUUAGCAACGUCAUUUUGGAGAUUUGCCAGAAGAGGACAGAGAAGAAACUUUUUUACUCGAUUUGAAACGUGAGCAAAGACAAACUCACCAAAGGCAUCACCCUCCGCUGUGGCAAAUGUAACAUGUUUUGUAAGGGCGGAGAAAAAGGCGAUUGAAAAUUCAGCGGAGCGUUUUGAUAAGAGUUGGUCUGAUAUCUUUGAAGGAGUUUACCGACGGCGCGCACAACGCACAGGCUUGCUUGGCUUUUGGUGCUGAUGCUGGCCACACAUCUCAAGCCACGCGACAGAGCGAUCAGAAGACCGGUAAUUAGACAGUAAUAGAUGUGCUAUCUAGAGAGUCGGCGCAUCAUCCUCUUCACGUCGGUUGCAACCCCACUCGUAUUAGACAGCGACUUGAGACUUCCGUGCAGCGACUGGGCUUGAACUCCAGUCGAAGAGGCGGGGUCUUAACUUAUUAAAAGGAACUCGCUGAGGCUCGGUCGCAAAUAUGAUGAUGAUGUCUCUGAGCAGCAAGCAGGCAUUCGCCAUGCCCCACACCAGUUUACCCGAGCCCAAGUACUCCAGUUUGCAUUCUACUUCGUCCUCUUCCACUUUAACUUCCAUCGCGCCCUCGUCCUCCUGCUCGUCGUCCCGACAUAGCAGCACGAUCAGCAGCAGCGGCAGCGAGGCGAUGCGCCGAGCAUGUCUCCCAACCCCACCGAGCAAUAUAUUCGGCGGCUUGGAUGAGAGUUUGUUGGCCCGCGCGGAAGCUCUGGCGGCGGUGGAUAUAGUCUCGCAGACUAAAAGCCAUCAUCACCCACCUCAUCACAGCCCCUUCAAGCCGGACGCAACGUACCACACCAUGAACACGCUUCCUUGCACCUCGUCCUCGUCGUCCGUGCCUAUCUCGCACCCUUCAGCUCUUGGAAGCCAUCAUCACCACCACCAUCAUCACCACCAUCACCAGCCACACCAGGCACUGGAGGGGGACCUGCUGGAUCACAUCACCCCUGGACUGGCACUUGCUGGGGCCAUGGCAGGGCCAGACGGCUCGGUGGUCUCCACGCCUGCGCACCCUGCCCACAUGGCAGGCAUGAACCACAUGCACCAAGCUGCCAUCAACAUGGCUCACGCCCAUGGGCUGCCAUCCCACAUGGGCUGCAUGAGCGACGUCGACGCAGAUCCCAGGGACUUGGAAGCGUUCGCUGAGCGCUUUAAACAGCGUCGGAUCAAACUCGGUGUGACCCAAGCGGAUGUAGGGUCAGCACUGGCCAACCUGAAGAUUCCUGGCGUCGGCUCUUUGAGUCAGAGUACCAUCUGCCGAUUUGAAUCUCUCACGUUGUCUCACAACAACAUGAUCGCUCUGAAGCCCAUCCUGCAAGCCUGGCUCGAGGAGGCUGAGAAGUCACACCGUGAGAAACUGAAUAAACCGGAGCUCUUCAAUGGGGCCGAGAAGAAGAGAAAGAGGACCUCGAUCGCGGCCCCCGAGAAAAGAUCCCUCGAAGCGUAUUUUGCCAUUCAGCCGCGUCCAUCAUCGGAGAAAAUCGCAGCGAUUGCAGAGAAGCUGGACCUCAAAAAGAACGUAGUACGGGUUUGGUUUUGCAACCAGAGGCAGAAACAAAAACGCAUGAAAUACUCGGCCUGCGUCUAGCUCGAAAAAACACUGAUCAGAAGACCAAGAUACGUCGAGAGACUCCUGAAACUGUUUAGAGACGAUUUGUAAAAUAUUUCGUAUCUCACACCUUUUUCAAUCAUCAAUAACUUGUGCGUUGAACCAGAAUAUCAUGACAUUCAAAAAAGACUGAAAAUACCAAAUCACUGUCACGUAUUACGGGAUGUGGAAUCAUUUAAAGGAUCGUUUGACUGAUCAAGUAAGACCAUUCGUUUUUCCUCACUUAUUAUAGAGCACCUUUCUAUUUCUGAGGAGUAAGACUCUUCAAGCCACAGCCAGACAGUCUACCUGAAACUUAACUUAUUUCAGUAAUUUACCCAAAACUGUUCUAUAUGGAUGCUACAGACAGCACAAGUAAAUAUAAACUGGCCAACUCUAAGAAAAUCUUAAGGUCAAAAGGUUGCGAGUGUCAUUCAGUGUUUUAAUUCUCAGCAUGACACACUCCAAUCUGAUGUUAAUUCAGGGUCCAACAGAAAGAGGAGGACAUCACGAAGUCCAUCAACUAUUCAGAAAGCAUUAUUUGAUAAUAACCAAACAGCUUAUUGUAAAUGAUUAAUUUAACUGUUACAUGCAUUAUUUUGUCUGUCGUCUUCUUAGUUCCACUUCUGUGAUUUUAAAUAAUGAUAAACAUAGCCUACAACUAGGCAAUGGAUGAUGAGAAUAUCCAUGUUUUCCUGUGAAGGCAUAUGGAUUUAGAAAGUUAAAUUUGAAAUUACUGACCUCUAGUAACUAAAAUAGAACAUAGUGGGUUUACUGAAAAUAACGAGAGGAUAAAUUGUUAUUUUUAGUGAUGGGAUUUGUCCAGCCAAAUAUUUGUUGCAAUACGCCUGCGCGCUAACGCUGUGUUUCUUAUGAACUAUUUAUCACGUGAGGUAAUGUUUACUUCAUUACAUAUUUAUUGGGAUUCCCUCCACGUUUUUGCUUGAGAAAAUCAUAUUGAGACAACAAGGAAAACGUGGCCCUCUGCAGAUAGGGAAAACUGCUUGAAACAAACCACUUUUAUUUUUAUUUCGUUGUUCUUAUGACGAUCAAGAAGGCACAAUCGAGAGCUAUAUGAGAACAUUUUCUUUGAAAUUAUUUUCAUGUAUGUUAUCUGGUAAUUCUUUGUAUAAAUAUACGCGUACAAUUAUGGAGUCGUUGCUUGUUAAAUUCACCAUGUUUAGUAAUGUUUUCUCAUUGAAAAAAAAAUUAGUUUCAUGCAAGCAUUCACGUAAAAUGUAAAUAUAUCUCAUUUGGACAUACACAUAAGAUAUCCGUACAGGUAUUUGCUGUAUUGCUGUUUUAGCUGCGGUAACUGUAAUGUCUGUUGCAUUAGGUUUAAAUGUCGGAUUAAUUCAUUAAUUUAUUACAUCAAUGUAUAUUUAAGUUACUAUUUGAUAAUUGAAUUGAACUGUGUUUCAUUAAAGACCAACAUUUUAAAAUUUUA